AUGGAGGGUCCAGCAGCAGCAGCUGCUGCUGCUGCGACCCACUCUCGCAGCAGCAGGCUGCAGCGGAGAGUCGGGGCUUCUCGCUCGCCAGGCGGCGCUGCAGCAGCAGCAGCAGCAGCAGAUGAGUCAGCAUCACCGCUGCUGCAGCAGCAGCAGCAAUGGAGCACACGGAGGUGUCGGGCGGUGCUGCGGCGCUGGCUGCGGAAGCAGCAGCUGCUGCUGCUGCUGCGAUACCGCCGCAUGCAGGUUUGGCUGCUGCUGCGGCGGCAGCAGGUGUGGCUCUGGCUGCAGCAGCAGCAGCGCGAAGUACCGGAGCUGCGGGUGGUGCUGCUGCUGUCGCUGUAUGUUGCAGUUGUGCUGCUGCUUGCUGCUUUAUACUUGCUGCUGCUGGACCCCUCUUUUCGGCGCCCUUGCGUGAAGCAGCAGCAGCGGCUGCUGCUGCAGCAGCUGCAGCAGGCAUAUGCAGCAAAAGAGAAAUGGAUUGCUCCCUUGUGGGGCCAAAGCAGUGCUCCUAGGCGGCAGUUUACGGAGUUUCUUACUGCUGCUGCUGCUGCUGCAGCAAAUUCUAAAAAGCACUGCGACACAAACUGCACCAAAAGACUCUUCUUGCUGCAGCUAGCUGCGCUAGGGGCCCCAGCACGAUUUGCUGCAGCAGAGCGGAAGCAGCAGCAGCUGCAGCUCGGGACUUUCCUCAAGCAGCAAGCAAGCUUCGUCUACAGCAGGGUCCCAGCAAGCAGCAGCAGCAGCAGCAGCAGCAGUAGCAGCAAGGAGCUCGAGGACGCCCUGAAGACGGCCAUUGACAAAGAGGUUGAACUCCGCGAAAAGUUUGCUGCCGCUGUUAGGGAGGAGCGGCAGCAGCGGGAGCAGCAGCAGCGGCAGCAGGGCCUGCUGCCUGCUGCAAAUGCCCGCCAGGGGCUGCGCCUGCCGCAGCAGCAGCAGCAGCGGCAGCAGCAGCAGCAAGUGUACGGACACCCCUGCAUUGCUAAUGCUGAGCAAAUGAUGGAACUCGGGAUAGCUGAUGCUGCAGCUGCAGCUGCAACAGCUGCUACAGCAAAAAGGCUGUGGGCAGCAAAGCGGCAGCUGCAGCUCGCGGAGCAGGAGCAGCAGCAGCACGAGCAGCAGCAGCAGCAGCUGCAGCUGACACUGCAGCACGUUAAGCACCAGCUGCUGCUCCUUCGGCGCCGCAAAAGAGGGCAGAGUCCGCAGUACGCAGAGCUGCAGCAGCAGCAGCAGCAGCUGGAAAAACAGCUGCAGCUGCUGCAGCAGCAGCAAGAAGCAACACAGAAACAGCUUGAGAGGGUCAACAAGGAGUUCGCUGAACGCCGCAGGCAGCAGCAGCAGCAGCAGCAGCGGCACUUGAAAUUUGCUGCUGAAGAAAAGGCCUGGGCAACAGAUUGCGUGCGCUGGCUGCCCUACAGCAGCUCUUGGCUGCUUUUGCUGCUGCAGCUCUAA